AUGAGUGGACAGGAGAAUAAGCGUUUCCUGAGUACCGGUGACCAAGCAGCAAAAGGGAAUUAUGGCUUGUUGGAUCAGAUCCAGGCUUUGCGCUGGACCAGUGAGAACAUUGCAGCCUUUGGCGGCGAUCCAUUGCGAAUCACUGUGUUUGGCUCCGGAGCUGGAGCUUCCUGUGUGAACCUGCUCACGCUGUCUCACUACUCAGAGGGAAACCGCUGGAGCAACUCAACAAAAGGCCUGUUCCAGAGGGCCAUCGCUCAGAGCGGCACAGCUCUGUCUAGCUGGGCUGUCAGUUUUCAGCCUGCCAAAUAUGCUCGAAUGCUGGCUCGGAAGGUAGGCUGCAACCUGGAGGACACUGUGGAGCUUGUGUUGUGCCUGCAGAGAAAACAUUACAAGGAGCUUGUGGAUCAAGACAUCCAGCCGGCCCGUUAUCACAUUGCCUUCGGCCCUGUUAUUGAUGGCGAUGUUAUACCUGAUGACCCUCAGAUUUUAAUGGAACAAGGUGAGUUCCUCAACUAUGAUAUAAUGCUGGGAGUGAACCAGGGCGAGGGCCUUAAGUUUGUCGAGCUUAUCGUGGACAAUGAGAAUGGCGUCCAAGCUAAUGACUUCGACUACGCCGUGUCCAGCUUUGUGGAUGACCUUUAUGGCUACCCAGAAGGCAAAGACAUCCUCCGAGAGACCAUCAAGUUUAUGUACACUGACUGGGCUGAUAGGCAUAAUCCAGAGACACGCCGGAAGACACUCCUAGCACUUUUCACCGAUCACCAGUGGGUAGCACCAGCAGUUGCCACAGCUGACCUGCACUCCAGUUUUGGAUCUCCAACCUACUUCUAUGCUUUCUACCACCACUGUCAGACGGAACAGGUACCACCCUGGGCAGAUGCAGCACAUGGAGACGAGAUCCCAUAUGUGUUUGGCCUGCCUAUGAUUGGACCAACAGAGCUGUUUCCCUGCAAUUUCUCCAAGAACGACGUUAUGCUCAGUGCUGUGGUUAUGACCUACUGGACAAACUUUGCCAAGACAGGGGACCCAAACCAGCCUGUACCCCAGGACACCAAGUUCAUCCACACUAAGCCCAAUCGUUUUGAAGAAGUGGCAUGGACACGCUACAACCAGAAAGACCAGCUUUACCUCCACAUUGGCCUGAAGCCCCGGGUCAAAGAGCAUUACCGUGCCAAUAAGGUCAACUUGUGGUUGGAGCUGGUUCCUCAUCUACACAGUCUCAAUGAGGUCACCCAGCUCAUCCCAACCACCACCAAGAUUCCUCCACCAGAGACUACUAAUCGAAUACCGAAGACCAAAGUUCUGGUGACCAAACGUCCUAACCCAACCCCAUUCCCCACUGAGACACAGGACAGUCACAACCAACCACAUCUUGUGGACCAGCGUGACUACUCCACUGAACUAUCUGUAACCAUUGCUGUGGGAGCAUCCCUGCUUUUCCUUAAUAUCCUGGCUUUUGCUGCACUUUACUACAAAAAGGACAAGCGCCGGCACGAUGUUCAUAGACGCUGCAGCCCCCAGCGGAGUGCCGCAAAUGACCUUGCCCAUACUCAAGAGGAGGAAAUCAUGUCUCUACAGAUGAAGCAGCACUCAGACCUGGACCGAGAUUGCAGGGGGGUUGGCGACUCCCUGCACCCGCAUGACGUGGUUCUGAGGACUGCCUGCCCACCGGACUAUACUCUGGCCAUGAGGCGCUCACCAGAUGACAUCCCGCUCAUGACACCAAACACCAUAACCAUGAUCCCCAGCACCAUGGGAGGGCUCACCUCACUCCACUCUUUCAAUACCUUCCCCAGCAGUGGCCAGAACAACACCCUGCCCCACCCGCACCCACACUCACACUCCACCACCCGAGUAUAGCCCUGUGGAUGCACCCAUGCAGGCAGGACUCUGAUGGCUGAGGCUAAAGCUAAUGCCGCUGACGCAGCAGAGACUGAAGGCCAACUUUCUGACAAACACAAGUAUGUCAUGAGAUGAAAUGCCAUCCUGGAGUUGCCAGAAACCCAUGGAAUUACACUGGGACUGUACGACACCCUGUUAAUACCUGAGGAAAUAUAGUCAAGAGUUUCUGAGGGUUUGGACCAGGGAAAAAAGAAUAAUUAUCUUUUUGUACAAAAAUUUAAGACAAGAAAAAAAUACAUAUAAAGAGCUGAAGAUAAACAACCUCUAAAGCUAAAACAAAGAGGAGGAUGUUUUUUUAUUGUUAUUAUUUUUGUUCUGAUAUUGCAGCAAAACAAGGUACAGUAAAAAUACUUUCUCUUUCUAGCAACAGAUAUGGCCUUCGGGAUCUUUUGACAAAUGACUGCUUGAGAGUAUUAUCUGGAUACAGAAGAGAGCAUCAGACACACCUUGGAGGUGAGAAGAAGGGAGCUCUUUGUAAAAGAAAGAAAGCGCGUUGUUUUCCUUCGGCAUCACGCUAGAGAUUACUCUGUGGGGUACAAUGUAGAUGCCAUGCAAACCAAUUUAGGCAUGUCUUGACAUCAUAAAUGGAGGCUAUGUAAGAUAAGGUAAAAAAGAAAAAAAACAAUUGUUGAAAAGA